AUGACGGCCAUGGGGGAUAGGCGCCCUGAGAAGAGACUGAUGGAGGCUCCGGUCCCCGAGGAGGAGCGGCGGCGCGAGAAGGCGUUGCGGGAGCAGGCAAAGCGCGGCCAGCGGGCCAAGGCGGCGGGUCGAGAUGACGGCGGCGGGGGUUUCGAUCAAGGUCAAGGUGGUGGUUUCGGUCAUGGCUAUGGAGGCAGCCAUGGCCAGGGCUAUGGAUCUGGCUCCCAUGGGCGCGAGGGGAAUUGGGGUCCUCCUCCCCCUUGGUGGGGCCAGCAAGAGAAGAAGAAGAAGCGCAAGCAAGGGACGCGGAGGCGCGAGCUGGAGCGCAAGCCGCAGGAGCACCCCCUUUGUGGUGGGGGCCAUGGGGACCCGCUGGCCAAGAAGCCGCAGGCGUCGGCUGCUCCUCUGGCGGUGGCCUUGCCGGAGGGGCUGCGGGGGUCGGCGGACGCGCCCAUUCUGGUGGAGGAAGAGGGCGGGGAGUGCUUCAAGUGGGGCCGGACCGGUCAUUUCCAGGCUAAGUGUACCUUUCCCCCCUCUGUGUGA